GCAGCUUUGAUGCUCCAAAAAUGGUGAAAUCUAACCACUUUUCCGGCUACUCACUGGUCUAAUCCUGCUUCGAGUCGUCACAUGCCUACUCGGAAUCCCAGUGUGCGUACUUAUUUCACGUUGCAUCGGGUACGGGCUUUUCUUCACACCUUCUUCCAGGCGAGCAGCUAGUAGAGGUCGUGCCAUUGCUGCAUAUGCAGGCGAACCCCUUCAAACAGUUGGCAUUAUUUCUGUUCCUCCGUCAACAUCUCCUGCGCAACGCGACAUUUUUGUCUUGGACUUGCGAUUUCCACCGCAGCCAUGACUUCAAGUGAGGCGGGAAAGGGCUACCAUCCCAUAAGAGAAGACUUGCGGACGCAGAUACAUCGGGUCAAUGGCUAUGACCGACAGAAAGGCUACACAUACUAUCCUGUGGUUGUGGUCGGAGCUGGCUUCGCUGGCAUUGCCAUGGCUUGGAAACUCCAGGUCGAGCUGAAGUUUGACCAAUAUAGAGUUUUCGAGCGGCAAUCUGGCGUUGGAGGCACAUGGUGGAUUAAUAGAUAUCCCGGUGUUGCAUGUGACGUUCCCGCCGUGUUCUAUUCAUACUCGUUCGCACCAAAUCCGAAGUGGACGUCUAUGUACCCUCCAGGCCCGGAGAUCUACAAUUACUUACAAGAUAUCUGCGAUGAAUACAACCUCACUGACAAGAUUGAAUUAAACACGGAUGUCCGCGUGUGCAAAUGGCUGCCGCAAGAGGAGUGCUGGGAAGUCCAACUGGCACAUAUGAAGCCUGGCAUGGGUGAUUUGUCCUCGAAAGAGCGGGCCCGACGAGUCAGAGAGGAAGGUGAAGACAGUGUAUGGGUCAGCACAGAGACAAUUCGAUGCAAGAUCCUGAUUAGCGGUGUCGGCGGCAUUGUCGAGCCAAAGGGAGCACCAAGCAACAUAAAGGGCUUCGAAAAGUUCAAAGGCGUUUGCUUCCAUUCUGCAAGGUGGGAUGACAGUGUCGAUUUUCAAGGAAAAGAUGUCGUCGUUCUUGGGACAGGUUGCUCGUCGGCUCAGCUUGUUCCUCGUUUAACCAAGGCCCCAUUCAAUGCAAAGUCCGUCACGCAAAUCAUGCGAAGUCCGCCAUGGGUUGUGUCCAAACUUCCGCCACCAGGUGGAGAUGAAGGGUGGGCGAAAUGGGCACCCGUUGUUUUCACGUACGUGCCAGGAGCACUUCGAGCAAUGCGACUUCUUCUCGCAUCGGUUGCUGAGUUCGAUUGGCGACUAUUCCCUGACGGCGAAUGGAACAAGAAGCAACGAGCGAAGCUUGAAGCUUUCGAACUUAAGCGUAUGAAGUCGAUCGUGCCUGAGAAAUAUCACGAUAUCAUGACGCCGGACUAUUCAAUUGGCUGCAAGCGUCGGAUAUUCGAUGCGGAGUGGCUCACAAGUCUCAACGAACCGAACAUUGAGCUCACCACGCUCAAGCCAACAGAGAUUCACGAGCGUAGCAUAACACUUGGACCAGAAGUAUCAUAUCCAAAGGAUGCUAAACCGGGCGAGGCUAAGGAAGUGCCUGCUGACAUCAUUGUUCUUGCCAACGGAUUUGACAUGACCCGCUGGCUCUCUCCUCUUGAAGUCCGAGGCACGCACGGUCAAGAUCUCGUCGAUACGAUGCAAGAACGUGGGGGCCCUCAAGCGUAUCUCGGCACUGCUGUAGACGGCUUUCCGAAUUUCUUCAUCAUCUUUGGCCCGAACACCACCACAGGACACUCAUCUGUGGUCCUCGCGAUUGAGAACAUGGUCAACCACGCAAAAAGGUUCAUUAAGCCGAUCCUCAAUGGAGAUGUGAGAACAGUAGAAGUCAAGAAGGAAGCCGAAAUCAAAUGGGCUCAAGACAUACAAAGGGAGCUUAAGAAGACAGUCUUCCAGACCGGUGGCUGCAAUUCGUGGUAUUUCGACGAAACUGGCUGGAACUCGACCGUGCUGCCUUAUAACCAGAUUUGGUUCUGGUACAAGUGCAGAUUCCCCAAAUGGAGCGAUUGGACAAUUAGCUAUACUCGGAAAGGACUGAUAAAGUUGGUCCUCUCAAGGCUAGUCAAGUUUAUUGGUGUGAUGUCUUUCCUCUUUGGCUGGUACCGUGCCAGACAGGAAGGCCUCAGUCUGAAAGAGUACGUGCUCGACUCGCUGCAGCGUUUGAAGGGAUACUCGAAGCUUGCGGCCUUAUUGGCAAUAAUGCAGCUGCAAAAGCAAUUGAAGAAAGCGAGCAAGUAUAUCAUGAAUUUGUAAAGUUGGAUCAGAAACUUCGGCAGAAAUUGUGUCACAAUAGGUUAAUUUAGACAUCGUCUUCGCACAGCACAUGUACUCAAGAACCCAGAUAGGCCUUUAUAUAGCUGUAAUUACCACCCAGCCAUUUGCUACCCUUGAGCUUCA